AUGGAAGAUGAUGAUGACCUCUCAAUUUUAAGUAAUGCUUUCGAACUUUACCGAUCGUUUGUUGAUUACACACAAACUCUACAGAAAAAUGGGAAAAAUGAUUUCAUAAUCCCACGAAUUACAAAAGAAUUGAUAAUGACAUUAUGCGAUAAGGUGAAACAACUUUUCAAAAACGAUCAACCACUCGUUACAGCAAAUUUUCCGUGCGCAAUAAUAGGCGACUUACAUGGAAAUAUAUAUGAUUUAGUACGAAUAAUAUCAAAAUACGGGAUGCCAAUUGCAGUAGAAUAUAUCUUCCUAGGUGAUUAUGUUGAUCGCGGUCAAUUUUCUCUCGAAACACUCGUCUUUAUACUACUAUUAAAAUGGCGAUUUCCUCGCAAAGUUCAUAUGAUAAGAGGGAACCACGAAUUUCCAUCGCGAGAAGGACCAGGCUAUUUUAGAACAGACCUACAAGAUCUUGGCUACACCCCGGACGUGUAUGAUGCUUUCGUGCACCUGUUUGAAGAGAUUCCUAUCGCUGCUCUUCUCACCAAAGAUAUUUUGUGUGUUCAUGGCGGAAUCGGCCCUGGAUCAACAUUAGAGUCACUGAAGAUGCUUAAGUAUCCUCUCUGUGAGAAGAAGAAUGAUAAUAUCAUGGAUUUUUUGUGGAGCGAUCCAACUGAGCUAUCGGAAGAUUUUGAUAUUAGUCCUAGAGGUAAAGGAUGGCUAUUUGGUAGGAAUGCAUGCUCUAAAUUUUUAUCAGAAAAUAAUUUAAAGCGAAUUAUAAGAGGUCAUUCAUUUAUUGAAACCGGAUUUAAAUCUUAUUUUCACGGAUCUCUUCUUACAAUAUAUUCGACAUCAAGAUCAAUCAAACAACCUAAUAUCGGAGCUACUUUAUACCUUAAAUCGUUCGAAAACUACAAUGUUGAUUAUUAUGAUCCCUUACCACCAAUAUACAGAAGCCAAGUCAAAGUGAUAUCAGAACUACCUCGAUUACUACCUCUUCCAAUGCCUAGAGAGAAAAGGACAAUACCUGUUGUGCCUGUGAAAAUUUGUUUGGUCAGGAGGCAUUCGCUUACCCAAGUUGGUAGACGCAUAACUCCACCAUAA